UAUGUAUGUCCAAUAGCUGUUGUAUAAAUUAAUCAUAAAUAAAAGGUAAUGAGUUACAUUUUAAACCUCAGUUUACAGGCAGUCUUACAGUGAUUUGUGUGUUUUAAAAUGUAUACAUUGCUCUUUUGCUAGCCCUAUAUACCACACUUAGGGGAGAUAGACCAGCAAGAAUAAAGGCAAAGAUCUUCCGCAAAUAUUUUCCCGUUGUGCUCUGAUCCCCCAAGCUUAUGACGUAAGAUCUAUACCCAUCAGCCCACAGAGUAGAGGACGUACAUUCCAACAAAGGUAACAUAAUAAGGAUUGUUUUGACCGCUAUCCAUGUGAUAAUUCAAAAAGGCCAUGCAAACAACCUGUUAAUUAUUUCUUUGGAAAGUGCAAAAUCAAUGCGUUGUUUGGAAAGGCAACUGGCCUAAGUUGCAGGCUAGAUUUAUUUUGAAGGGACUUUUCUUGGUGGAUAUGGAAAGUAACAACCACUUAAGGAGAAGAAGACCACGAACUCCUCAAAGAGGUUACAGAGAUUUUUUGGAUGAGACAAGUGGUGCCCAUGCAGCAAGAGUUUUCAGGAAGAAAGCUGAUGAACUGCAAAAUGAGUUGUUGGGGAAAUUUGAUGCAGAGUUUCAUGAAAUCAUUGAUCAAUGCGCAGAUGAACUGGAAGAGCCAACACUGAAAAGCAAAAAACACACAAACCUUUAUGAUGCAGAAGGCAGAAAAGUAUUUAUUGCUCGAGAAUCACUUCUUACGGAACUCUUGGAGAUUAAUCACAUUCAGACAAUUUACAACAUUUUUGUGGCCCUAUUGAUUUUAUUUAUCAUGAACACACUGGUGUAUGAUUACAUUGAAACAGGCAGGUUCGGAGUUGAUUUUUCUCUUAUCCUGUGGGCUUUUGGAAAGGUCCCAGUCGUUGUCACAACAUGGUUAAUGAUGAUGAUGUACACAUUCACAAUAUUUCCUUUAAUGCAGGCUUGGAUUUUUAACCAGAAGUCCUGGAUACCCCUGCCAGACCUUAUGUGGAUUAUGUGCUAUGGGAUAUACAUGUUGUUUUUUGCCUAUUUUCCCGUUGUGGAGAUUAUCAAGCACGACGUACCUACUGUUUCUACGAUUAUAGUUCUUUGUGAACAGGUCCGUUUGAUGAUGAAAGUUCAUGCAUUUGCGCGGGAAAAUUUUACCAAAGUUUUGAAGAUAAGGAACGAAGAAGAUAGCGAAAAGAAAGAAGCACAGUUUGAUAAUAUGCCUGGAUUCUCACAGUUUCUCUACUUCCUGUUUGCCCCUACACUGAUAUACAGGGACAGUUACCCAAUGACUCCCCAAAUCCGCUGGGAAUACGUUGUCACUAACGUGCUGCAAGUCAUUGUCUGCGUAUUUUUCACUUACUACGUUUUCGCCAGAUUUUGUGUUCCAGUAUUUAGGAAUACAGGAAAAGAUCAAGGGCAUUUAAGAGAGCUACUUUUGGCCACAUUCAGUUGUAUGCUCCCUGGUACCCUGGUUCUGAUCCUUGGCUUUUUCUCAAUACUGCACUCAUGGUUGAAUGCCUUUGCCGAAAUGCUACGAUUUGCUGAUCGUAUGUUCUAUCGGGACUGGUGGAACUCCUUCUCAUACGCAGCAUAUUACAGGAUGUGGAAUGUUGUCGUUCAUGAUUGGCUCUUUGCUUAUAUCUACAAGGACACUCUUCUUUUGUUUGGCGAAGAUAAAAAGGCGCUGGCAGCCAUUUUAGUUUUUGUUUUGUCAGCCAUUGCUCAUGAGUACAUUCUCAUACUGGCCUUUGGGUUUUUCUUCCCGCUUCUAUUUUUCAUGUUUGGAGGUGUCGGAUUCUUAUUCAGCCUAAUUGGACCAAAGAAAGGAGCAGGCCAACCCCACUCAGCUUGGAAUAUCUUCAUGUGGGUCAGUCUUAUUCUUGGAAAUGGCCUUUUGAUGUGUCUGUACAGUCAAGAGUGGUAUGCAAGCAAAAACUGUCCAAGAGAUAUGUCAAAGAUAUCAGAAGUUUUAAUUCCUCGAUCUUGGAGCAGUGAUUGCGUGAAAUGGAGUUGGGACGUGGACAAAAGGCUCCCAGCUUCCCCGCUUCUGAAAUCACGAUAAUAGAUUAUUGGAAACCUUCUACGCAUAUCUACGUGGAGCUUUUGAAUAUGGUACUUCGUCAGGUUUCUGAUGUAAACGGGUUUUGCCAUGAUAUGAAUGUGAAAGAUUCUAACUAAUGCAUAAGAAUGUUAAAUGAUAUAUAAAAUUUAUUGCCAGAUUAUGUUUAAUUAUACAUUCGUCUCAGGCCAAAACCCAUCUUAGAAGUUGGAGCCGAUUGCAAUUUGCAACAAAGAAAACCGCAUGUAGGGUCUAUUCAUAUCCCUUCAAAUUUUGAAUCAUGAUAUCCCCUCAUAUAUUCAAUCCUUUUUUACCAGAUUAAUCAUCUGAUUGGCGCCAUUUGCUGGAAGCUUCAACUCGUAUUUCCUUGGUUUUAGGCCUGAGUGAUUUUUUUACUGACAAUUUCAAUCGAUGCAUACUGUUUAUUUCUAGAUAAUUAGACCGUUCACAACCACGUGUCAUGUCAUCGAUUUUGUAAUUCGUACGUACAAUGCAGCUUUAGAAUAAAUGAAUAUUGGUUAAAUUUGAAAUAUGAAAUAUACAGUUGUUUAACGUGAUAAAACUGGGAGGUUUAGUUCACAACUACAGCUUCAGUUAAAAUAUUUUUACGACCCCUCCAGGGUUUCGCUAAACUCCGCUUAUGGUAGUAGUAAAACGUUUUUGACUUAUGUUAUAGUAUGGUGCGAGUAAUAUUUUAUUUCUAGUUUUGAUAUAAUUUUUAGCUCAUGCCUAAGCGUUUUAUUAAUGGCUGGUUAGAAAUAAUUUUCUGCCAUCACGCUUCUGACACAAAUUUUUUUUAAUUAACAGAAACCUUUUCGCCACCAUCAUAAUAUUGCUUUAUAAUAAACACCAGACAAGAAUUUAAAUCAAAUAUUAAAUAUUAGAUAGCAUUUAGUCGUAUAUUUCGUAUCAUUUUGUUUUGGGGAAAAUUUUAGAAGUUAUAAUUUUAUUGCAAUUAUCCGUCCCUUGAACAGUGUCCUAAGGACAUUUGUUAUCGAUUGGCUACUAUGAUGGAACUAAUUUUUAUCAGGUAAACAUGUAUUCUCUUAUUGAGCUGUCUUUAAUCAAUGCUACGGAAAAUAGGAGAAGGGUAGGUGUGAUUGAAUGAUUCGAAGUAUCUCAAAUGAGACUACAGUUUCGUGUCGAGCAUAUUCAUCAGCGCGAAUAAAGACGGUGAUAAAUUGAUGACAAAUGUCUUUGAAAGUGAGCAAGAGACGUACUUUUAGACAAGGUUUCUUAGCUUGUUUUUGAUUCUUGGAAAACUUCCAGUUUCAUUUUCGUAUCAAAAAUUUCAAGUUUUAUUUUCAUAUUUUUAUACAGUUAAAAUUCAAUUUUUGGAAAAACCAAACUUCAUAAAAAUACUUCAAUUGACUUGCUAUAAAAACGCGAUUGUUUCAAAUUAUGUCAGAAACACAAGAAAAGGCUGCGUUAAGAAGGGGGAAUAGAGAGGAAAUUCAUAACAACAUAGCUCUUAAUACGAGGUAUUAUACUGGAAAAUGAUGGUAGUAGAUUGGGGGGUUAAGAAUAGGAUCUUGUCGCUGGAAAGUAAUAUUGAGGUAGUUUUAGGGAAUUGUUAAUUCACAUCGUGCUUCGCAUUAUUUAAUAAAUUGCAAUAAUGUAAGGAUUGAUGGCGUCACUAGGCUAUCAAUCUAAAACUCUGUUCUACAAUUUUGUCGUUAAUUCGAUUUUUUUAUCGCUUUUUUAUUUUAAACCUUAAAUAUUGUAAUUAAAAUGGACGUCUUUAUUUCACAAAACAAAAGUUUUAUGGA